UGCUUUCUAUUUCUUCCACAAUGUCUAAGGCAUCGUUUGUUUCCUGCAUUUUCCUGGUCAUUCUGCUCUUCUCUCAGGCUCAUGCAGAGAAACCCAAGAUUGGAACUUAUGAGCUCAAGAGAGGAAAUUUCCAAGUCAAGUUGACUAACUUUGGUGCCACUAUUAUGUCUUUCGUUGUACCUGACAAAAAUGGAAACUUAGCUGAUAUUGUCCUUGGCUACGAUUCUGUCAAGGAUUACAAGCAGAACGAUACGACAUACUUUGGCGCCCUUGUUGGACGUGUGGCCAAUAGAAUUGGAGAAGCUAAAUUCUCUUUGGAUGGAAAAACCUACCAUUUGCCUGCUAAUGAUGGCAAUAACACGCUCCACGGCGGACCUAAGGGUUACAGUCAGGUUGUAUGGAAUGUAGCAUCCCACAGAGAAGAUGGUCACAUCACAUUUACUCAUGUCAGUCCUGACAACGAUCAAGGCUUUCCAGGAAAGCUUGAGGUUUCAGUGACUUAUGCUUUCUUCCAAACCAACAAAUUCAUUGUGAUGAUGGAAGCCAAGCCCAUUGACAAAGCCACACCAGUGAAUCUUGCUCAGCACACUUACUGGAAUCUGAGGGGCCACAACAGCGGAGACAUUCUCUCACAUACUAUUCAGCUCUUUGGCUCAAAAAUCACACCAGUAAACGAUCAACUCAUCCCCACAGGUCAGUUCAUGGAAGUCAAGGGAACCCCAUAUGAUUUCCAAGAACCAAAAGAAAUUGGCAGUCAGAUUCAUGAUCUUCCUAGUGGCUAUGACAUAAACUAUGUGUUGGACAAGAAUCACUCAAAGCACUUUAAUAGAGUGGCUGUGGUGAAGGACUCAGUUUCUGGGAGGAAGAUGGAGCUGUGGUCAAACCAACCUGGUGUACAGUUCUAUUCCAGCAACAUGUUGAAGAAUGAGAAGGGUAAGGAUGGAGCCAUUUACCGUAAGUAUGCUGCUAUUGCAUUGGAGACUCAGGGCUUCCCAGAUUCAGUGAACCAUCCAGAUUUCCCAUCACAGAUUGUCAAGCCAGGAGAGAUAUAUAAGCACUUCAUGGUUUACAGAUUCACUGCUGAGUAGAUGAUAG